AUGGGGCUGCGCAGUGGGGGCAGGGACGGAGGAAGGGAGCAAGCAACGAAGGUGAGGGCAUGGGCAGUGGCAGAAGAGGAGAAGGAUGAGAAGGUGAGGGAAUGGGCAGUGGCAGAAGGGGAAGAGAAGGACGAGAAGGAGAAGGCGGGAGGGUGUGAAUUUGUAGCAGCAGACACUGAAGGGAAGAAUGAGAAGGUGAGGGAAUGGGCAUUGGCAGAAGGGGAAGAGAAGGACGAGAAGGUGGCAGCCGGCGGAGCGGAGGACGUGAAGGAGCAGCUGGCGGCGCUGGAAAGGGCGGUGUCUUGCCUGGUGCUGCAGCGCACCAUUGACCGCAACCUCUUGCUCGUUGCCGGCGCCAAGGCCCGGCUUGAGAGGCAGCAGCAGCAGCAAGGGGGCGCGCAGGGGGGGCAGCAGGGGCAGGGCAAGGGGGCGGGCGGAGGAGGUGAGGGGAAGAAGGGGAAGCGGGAGAAGGGGCGGGAGGAGAAGGAGCGGGAGAAGCCUGCGAGGCCAGAAGACCUUAUACGGCUCUAUGACACCCUGCUGCAGAACGCAUCAGACCUGGGGGACCUGGCAGCAUCGGGCAGAGACGCCCGUGCGGAGGAGAAGGCACUGCAAGCACAGCUCGAGGCCAACAAAGCCUGCUACCAGGCCUGCAGGGCGUUCUACGUGGCGCUGGCGUACCAGGCAGCAGGCAAGGACGCGGAGGCCUAUGUGGUGUUUGGCAGGGCGGCAGCAGAUGCAGAGCAGGCAGCCAAGGGACUGCAGCAGCUGCAGGAGGGGUCGGGAGCACAGGGAGGGAAAGGCAAGAGCAAGGGCAAGGGCAAAGAUAAGGCAUCAGAGCAGACGGCAGAGGAGAGGGAGGUGGAGGAGGUGGUGGUGCGCAGCAAGGCGCAGCGGUGUGCCAUCCAUGCGCGCGCCACUCUGGACGCCAUCAGGGCCAAGGACCCCGCCGCCCUUGAGAAGGGCGUGGCAGAGCUCUCUCUGCGUGCCAAGGACAAGCAGGUGGAUGCCAAGUACAUGACUGAGAACCUGAACGAGUUCGUGAGUGCAGUCACUGUCGACUCAACUCCAGGCUCAAAGCUCGUUCCCCACAUUGCGCGAGUGCCACCACCCUUCCAAGCGGUGCCGUGCCGGCCUAUUGUUCUCGACACUGCUCUCAACGCGAUCAAUUUCCCGGAUCUUGCGGGCCGGGCUAAGAAAGAAGGCAAGAAGGCAGGUGGUCUCUUUAGCUCUUUCUGGGGUGGUAGCCGAUCAUGA